CGCCCCCGCCGCCGCCGCCGCCGCCGCCUCCGCGGUCGCCGCCGCCUUUCUGUCUCCUCUCUCCCUCCGUACUGGACUCCGGUGUAUUUCCGGCCCGGGAGAGUUCGGCGUCGACCCGGCCAGCCCGCGGGGUGGGCGUGCGCCGAGGGCUCCCCGCGCCCGAGGCCGAACGUCCACCAUGGCCGACGUGAGCGUGGACCAGUCCAAGUUGCCGGGCGUGAAGGAAGUGUGUCGAGACUUUGCUGUCCUGGAGGACCACACCCUGGCUCAUAGCCUACAGGAACAGGAGAUCGAGCAUCAUUUGGCAUCCAACAUUCAGCGGAGCCGUCUGGUACAGCAUGAUCUGCAGGUUGCUAAGCAGCUCCAAGAGGAAGACCGUAAAGCCCAAGCUCAGCUCCAGAAGCGCUACAAAGCCCUUGAACAACAUGAUUGUGAAAUUGCUCAGGAAAUCCAGGAGAAGCUGACAAUUGAGGCCGAGAGACGACGCAUUCAGGAGAAGAAGGAUGAGGACAUAGCACGUCUUUUGCAAGAGAAGGAACUACAGGAAGAGAAAAAGAGGAAGAAACAUACUCCAGAGUUUUCUGGGGGCAGUGCUUUUGGAGAUAACUACUAUUAUGAGGAUGGAGACCAGUCAAGGUCGAGGAGGGACAGGGAGCUGGGUUCUGGACACUCAAAGUUUUGUAAACUCCAAAGUGAUGGGAAGACUGUAAAGCAGAAGCAGAAGCCAAGGCAUCAACGGGAGAACGUGGAGGAACUGGAGGAACACCGUCCAUCAGAGAAGUCCCUGCCUUCUGCUGGCCGGGGCAGAGCGAGGGACGAUGCCCACACUGCCUGCGAGCAGCAGGAUAGAAAGCUGUCUGCUCAGGAGAGGCUAUGGAAAUCUCCACUUCCGAAGAUCAGUGGGGAGGUAUUUCUGAGCAUUGGCUCUGAAGACUGGGAAGCUAACUGUAGCUCUGGAUCUCGGAGUUGGGAAAAGCAGUCUCGACACCAUGACAGACUUUCACCCAAGUCUUCACAGAAAACAGGACUUCACUGUAAGGAAAUUGUGUAUGGGAGGGACCUUGGGCAAGGUGACCACAGAGAAAGGAGACAUAGGCCCAGGACUUCUCCCUUCUCAGAGGAUAAAGAACUUCACCACCACCAUGUAGCAGGAAUGAAGCCACGAGGAAUAAAAGAAGCUGUCUCUACUCCAGCACGAGGGAGCCACAGGGACCAGGAGUGGUAUGAUGCUGAAAUUGCCCGGAAAUUACAAGAGGAAGAACUUUUGGUGGGUACAUUAAAGGCUACUCAUGUGGACGUGAGAGCAGCUCAGGUUGCCCAGGAUGAGGAAAUUGCUCGACUUCUGAUGGCUGAAGAAAAAAAAGCUUACAAAAAAGCCAAAGAGCGAGAAAAGUCAUCUUUGGACAAAAGGAAACAUGACCCUGAAUGCAAGUCAAAAGCAAAGUCAGCCUACUCUAAGUCAAAAGAGGGUGAUGAAACACACCGUUCCAAGAUUGACAGGCCGUCACGACCACCGCCACCUACAGUGAUGAGCCCUGAGGAUACGGAUCCCACCCAUUUUACAAACCCGCAUAGUACUACACGUCAUUUUCCAAAGUCAGAGUCCUCACAUAAAGGCUUCCAUAAUAAGCAGUAAAACAAAACAAACAAAAAGAGAUCUGCCUCGAAAAUGGACUUCUUAUAGCACAUAUUGCUGAGAGAUACAACAUGCAUUCCACGUUGGCUGUUGUCCUGUGUGCCAUUGCUGCGAGUUACUUUCAAGUGUUUCCUUAACUAAAAAAGUAUUUCACUUCAUUUUAAAAUUUUGCUUAUUUUGGUCACUUUGGCAGUGUAAGAAAAUGGAGCUUCUGAAUAUUGUCCACUUCUUCUGUGGAUAUAUUUCCUGAGAUGUAAUAAUUCUAUAAAAUGACAGUUAUAGGAUAUUGGCAUCUAGGGAAUUGAAUUUAUUUAGCAAUUAGAAGUGUACAGAGAUUCAUUAUCAAGUAAAGCAUAACAUUUGGAUGCAAUGAAGUAUCAGAAAGUAUAUGGAAUAGCUGCUUUGCUACUUAUUAUGAUAUUUUGAAAGAUACAGCCUUUGGUUUUUUUUUUUUUAAUCCUUUUCAGAAAAAGUAAAACCACAACAAUAAAGUAUAGGGGAAACACCCAGAGUAGUAGAAGUCUGUUCUUCUGAAAUAAAUGUAUUGGUAGAGGCUCUGGAUGGUCAUGUAACCCUCACUGUUAGCAUGUGUGGCUGUUUCCUCAGGAUCAAGGCUUUCUGAUGCCCUUAGGCAUUGAAUUAUGUGUCAAUAUUUAUUUGUAUAGACCUUAAUUGUCUGAUAUUUUCUCUCAGGUCCAUGAUGAGUCAACUCAAAAAGAACAAGCAGCCUUCCAUUGCCUUGCUUUUCUAACUUAAUUCUAUAGCCAGAGGAGUAGAACAGUUUCCAUAGGACUUGGCACCACCCAUCCUCCUGGCUGUGCACAUCAGCCUCUUGCUCCCAGGAUAUAGCAGCUUUUGUUGGCAACCUUUCAGUGGUGUUUUAUGCACCUGCAAUAUUAGAUUUAUUCAACAUGAACUUGAAUCUGAUGAAGUGAAUCACUAUCCAACUGUAUACAUCUAUGCUGAUGAUCAUUGUAUUCCUCUCUGUAAGACCUUUUAAACUCCUCUAUAAAACUUUGUGUAUUCACCCAUACCACUUAAUAUAGAUGGCAGCCAUGCGGAACCUAAAUAUGAUACAUUUUUCCAGCAUGACUUGCUAUUCUUUGCAAUGUAUGAAUCUGAUGUUUUCAGUCAUGUCAGUAUGCUAUUUAUUUAGGAAACAAGGUUGCUGAGAGAAAUAAUUUAAGGACUGCCUGCCUUCCACUUGCCUUGUCUUUCCAAACUGUCUUAAACUUGUGGAGGAUUCUCAAAGGCUGCUCCCAAUAGAUUUUAAUCUCUGGUUUUGAGAACUUUUGUUUCAUAAAGUAACACCUAAUAGAAAUUUGUGUGAAAAGUGACUAAGAGAGAAGCUGUGGGCAAACAGUCAUCUGGAAAGACGCAGAAGCAACAGUGCAGUCCCUGGGAGCAAAUGCAAGGGAGUGAGUGAGUGAGUGAACUUCAUACCUGAGUGUCAGCCAGCAGGCACGUGCAGGAGACCCUCCUGCAACCUCUAGGGGUAAAGGGAAGCCGAGCCUUAAGUCAGAGUCUGCACAGUGCUGUCAGGCUCACAGCGCAGUCUCACCAGCUAAGCGGAAGGCUAUAUCGUCCUUUAUCUGCCCUGUGAUUUUACUUCAUGUUUUUAAAAGGUAUUUUGAAAAGGUAACUUUAAAGAAAAAAGUAUAGGUGCAUUUUUAUUUGAUAAUUAGUCAAAGCAGGCAACAUCUUCUGCCAUGUUUAUUUUAUAAAUAUUUAUUUUUCUAUCUCAUGAAAUGAUCACUUUUAACUUUAAAAGCUUUGUUUCUUUUGUUUUACAUGAACUUCAUUUAAUCAUAUUUAUUACUGUAAAAUGCAUGUGCUUUAGUUUAAAAAAUGCCAAGCCACUUAACCAGAAUGCUGGAGCCUUAUCUGCCACCAUGCAUAGCCAAAGGCAGUGCUACCUGUGUGAUAUCCAGCUCAACAUCAGUAUUGGAAAAUUUGUUACUUUUUAACUUUUUUUUAAAGACUACAGUUUUAAAAUAUUUUGUUUGUUUUAUUUUAUUUUUGUAAACAAUUUUUUAAAGAGUACCAGUAAUUAUUAUGAGUAAGAAGAUAGAAAAAUAUUCUUAAUUAUUCUUAAUUAAAAUUUUGCUAUCAGUCAAAUAAUAUAUCUUUCAGAUGAUCAAAACAACUAACAGCUCUCAAUGAACUGCCAGUCUUCACUGUGGUCUCUACUUUUUAAUUUUUAUAUAGAAAUGAAAGCAUUUAUUUUGUUCCUGUUUUCGAGCACAUGCAAUUUUAGGUCCACACUGUAUUAUGUUUUGCUAUCAACAUAUAGACUAAUUCUUCUAGCUUUGAGCACGCUUUUGGUUCUCAACUUGUGUUCUCUGCAGGCCCUGUGCUGUUAGCAGUAGUAUUACUGGAUGAGCACGGUAUGUUAAGGAGACUCCUCAUGACACUGACGUGAUGCUCUCUCCUUUCCAUCCUGAAAAGAGGCCAAAUUAAAUAUGCUGACCUAAAAGAAAAUUAAUUCUGGUAUUCAAGCUACUGUUAGUCAUAGUUGCCUUGUUGGGAGAAUAGAAAAAUUGCUUCUUUUGUUCACAAAGAAUAUUGAGAAUUUUUGCAAGUGACUUUACAUGCCAUUGAAACUCUAUGGGGUCAAGUGACUGUGACAAAUGGCAGUUAGUAAUGAACUCAAAACCCAAACAGCCACAACCAAACUAUGUCUUAAUGAUCUUGAGAAACAUCUAAAUUAGGAAGAGAGAUAUGCAUAAAUAUGUGUCCAAAGAAACCUCUUCACAGUGGCCUGAGUCACUGCACCUAGGCAGCCAGUCUAAAGUAUGUGAACUGUGGUCCACUGGAUGCUGUAAGACUAUCAGAACUUGUCUAAGUCUGUGUCAAAUUUAAAACAAAAACAAAGACAAAAAAACCAUACUGUAAUAUGGUGCAUUCUAUUCACCACAUAAGUGGUUAACAUUUUACAGCCUUGAUUUAUAAUGAGUAAUGCCUUUGUUUUUAUAAAUCUCACUUUGAGAAAUAUGAAGAUCUGUUACUCUCCUUUAAAAGGUAACUUCUGAUUGGCUGAGAUUAUCAGCCUAUUGAAUGACGAGGCCCAUAUAGAAAUAACUCGAAGGUCUGAGGUGGAUUAGAGCUUGAAGUAAAUGGCUUCUUCCUUUUGGGAAGGAACGCUGACAUUGAAGACACUCUGACAAGGAGACUUUGUUCCCCUUGAUUUCACUGUGAACACUGUGCCAUGUUCUCAUAGCACGCUUCUACAAAACAGUCCUAAAGCAUUCAAAAUCUGACCUUUCAUUUUAAAAAGUCUGUAAUGUGUCUGUCAUAUGCUGUUCAUAGCAGAGAAGUGACUCGCUCUCCCAUGUUCUCGUCCUAUCUCACAAUCAGAGAAGUGACCCAGGAGAGUCACCCCAUUCCUCCCUAUCUGUUGACCCAGGAGUGACCCAGGAGAGUCACCCCAUUCCUCCCUAUCUGUUGGUGCCUGUGUGCUUUAGAGCCGUAUCUGUAUCUUAGUGGUGGCAGCAUGCUUUCUUCCUCCUCUCCUGUAAUAAGGCAAUACAGGCAGAGAGAAGCCUGCUGUGGAGUGUCCUAUCAAUGCUGCAUGGAACAGUGUUAUCCGAAUAUGUGGUGGAAGGUUUUGUUUGUUUGGUUGGUUAGUUUUUAUCAUGAUAAUAUGUAAGAUAAUUAAAGGGAAGAAUUGAAGGCUUUGUUGCUUCUGUUAUAACUCAUCAGAAAUGCUCAAAUUUCAUUGUAGCAUUUCUAAGAAAGCAAGGAGCUAGGAAAACAUUAGUAAUAGUCACUUUUCUGAUAAGCCCUGCACUUUAUGUCAGCAAUGUCUGUCAUGGUCAGUUUUGCCUUAAAUUAGUUUGAGUUCACCUGAGGCCAUUGUGCUUAGUAUAUGUGAGCUCUUGUCAGCUCUCCAUUGGCUCUGGACGGAUGUAAGAACCUCAGGCAGCACCAGCACCCGGAGCUGUGAGGUCUCCCACUGCACUCUGGGUGACUUGUAGUAGUAAUAGAAGUAUCUUCUCAGUUCCCCAAGUAGCAGAGGCAUGGCCAGAGCUCUGCUCGGGGAGGAUUCCCUGACUGAAGUGCUCACCCAGUGAUAAUCUUCUCAACAUUUGGGAGGUUCUUGUUCUUUUUUUUAUGGUAACUUCAAAGGAUGUUCUAAAGGUUCUUUGGUUCACUGACAGAACUCAGAUUAUUUCUAAGAAUUUUAACAAUUACCUUUGUAUAUUGAGAAGCUUAUUUACCAUUAAUAAUACAGAAGAAAUCCCCCCCCCACACACACACCAUGGACAUUUUAAUUGGAAUGGUGAUCUGAAGAGUGCUCUAGUUCAUUUCUUUUAACAGAAUUUAGCAGUAAAAUGUGGGUAUGAUUGAGAAGAUGGAAGACAGCUUUUCUAGGUUGCACGCAGACCAGCACAGUCAUGCAGGUAACCACACUGACUUACAUAUGUUUGCCACUGAAAGCCAUUUUUUGCCCUUACAAACCUGAGCACUGCUACUAAUAUGUCCAUAUGGAUUUCAUAUGCCUCUGUGUAUUAUAAGUAAGAAAAGAAGUGGUUUUUCCCCUCAUUUUAAGCAGUUAUUUUUCAUAGUAUGCUGACUUCAGCAUUUUAGAUCAGGGCAGGAUUAAUUAUGUAACUGUAUUGCCCAGGUCUUUAUUGGUAAAAUUCAAAUUUAAAGAUGAGAAAAAAAUUAAAAAGGUUUGAGUAACAAAUCAGCAAGGAUUGGCUACAGUAAAGAGAAGGCAUUGAGAGGAUAUGCAGUGAUGAGUGAUGGCCUUUGGAUAUAUUGCCAUACUGAAUUCACACUGUAAUUGGCUGAAAUUGAUUCUAGCUAAAAAUUUGGUAAGAGUUUUGGAUGUGAGAAGUUUUAUACUUAAUGUAUGAAUAGUUUCUAAAUUCCUUUAGAUUGUAGACCUUCAUAUAAUCUAAAAGGCAGAUGCCCUUCCCUAAGGAUAGCUGUAUUUUUCAUGGUUUUAAAUGAACAACCAGACACUUAUUUCAUGAAAUAAUGUAAAUAUUAGGAAGUAAUAUACAAAAUGACAUAUAAAAGUGACAUUUCAAAAUGACAAGUGUCUAUAAUGCCUGUUGUCUGCUAAGAACAAUCUAUUCCUGUGAAACAUUUGAAAGGUGCUGGAUUUGAAAGUAUAAGAGUUUGUUACAUAAAUCAAGUUUCUCAGGAUAUUUGAGGUGAUACUGUCAUUUAUUUCUGCUAUAAUUUGAAAAAAAAAUCAUUUCUUUAGUUAUGCUGUGAGGAAACUGCAUACUUCAUUUGGUAAGAGUCCUUUAAGAAGAGUCCUAGAGAAGAGUUUAAAUCAAGUGAGAUGGGAUCCCAGUACUGCUCAGUUUAUGCUCAGCCCAUCCCUCAGUGGGGAGGUGUGAAGUGGAUCCCCAGCACUAGUCAGUUUGUGGUCAGUCCACCCUCAGUGGGGAGGUGUGAAGUGGAUCCCCAGAACUAGUCAGUUUAUGGUCAGCCCACUCCCCCAGCAGGGCUUGUGAAGUACAUAUUUCAUGGAGCUGAACAGAUCCUCAAUAGAAUAUCAUCUCUUGCCUGAGGAAAGUCCACAUCAAACUAUGUGCCUAUCUAGAGAUUGAAUAAUACUGUGAGGAGACACUAUGUGGAUGCCUUAAGGUGACUGGUGCUGGGGCUGGUACUGGUGCUGGUGUGGUGGGCAUGAAUGCACCCAUCUGGAUUGGCUGCAGGGAACAGUCUAUUUCAGUUCAUCAUCAUAUAGCCCAAGAUGGCCCUGUGCAUAACCUUGUUGAAGAAAUGAGAAAUACGGUGCUGGCUACUUUGCCGUGUCUGGGAGGCUUACGUCAUGGUUAACAUCAUUAAGGCACUGUCCAGUGUCCAAGCCUUCCUUCAUUACCACUUAUACAUCUAUAUCCAUUCAUUCAUCUAUGCAAGCUUGUGUUUUUGUGGUUUGUAUUUUACACCUGAACAUCAGGUUUAACAUUGGUGUUUUAAAUAAUUUUUAAACCAAAGUAUUGUAUGAGUAAGUGUAUGUGCUUUGUUUUUGUGAAUGGUUUGAGAUAAAUACCUAUCAUGUUUUCUCUUAAUAAAGUCAUCCAUUUAUUAAGUCAA